AUGGCUAGUAUUUUGUUAGGUUUUUCUGCCACUAGUAAUGAAUUAAGUAUAACAUCAGCUGAUGCACCUAUAUUUCGUAAAUUAACAUUUAUUGUUGUUGGUUUUGGUCUUAUUUGUAUGAUUAUAUUUCAUGUUGGAUUAAAAGAAUCUAAUCCAACAGAUCAAGGAAAAGAAUAUUAUACAGAACUAACAUCUGAAUCUGCUAGAACAUUAAAAAAGAUGACAUGGAAGAGUUUCUUAUAUGAAAAAGAAUUUUAUCAAUGUACAUUGUUGUGGAUGUCUGCGAAAGUUAUUGUUGCCGUUAUACAGGUGAAUAAAUUGCUAUGCCAUGAAAUAGUUCAGAUUUGUAUUAUGUUUCAUCCAAAAGAGUAUAAUAUCGAUUUUAAAAAACUAAAAUUAGGAUACAUCUAUUGA